AUGGACGACCGCGAAUCUCCAACUGGUAUCUGGAACGAGCGAUCGGCGACAUUCUGCGAGCAGGAUGCCCGCGAAGCAUAUCAUGAACUGAUUGAAACACAGCUUCACUGGCUGUUUCCAACCUUCCUCCGCAAUCUCCAGGCACAGACGCCGUGUGAGCGGGAAAAAGGUAGAGUGGCAGUGAUAGAGUAUGUUGACGACGAAGACGAAGGAGCCGAGCCCGACAUCUUCAAAAGUAGCCACGAUCUCCAGACGCAUUUCGAAGACCCCAUAGCCACGACGGAGAAGACGGGGCCGCGGAAACGGCUCUUCAUACUCGAGGACCUUGGGCUCAACUACGUCGAAGUGCUGGGCUCACAGCUGCGUAUCCCACCGAGCUUCUUCGCCGCACAUUCUGCUGACCCGGCGACCCCUGAGUUCAACCAUCGCAAUCCUUUCCGCCGGUACUCGGAGCACACGUUUGUCAUUCGAUACGCGUCGACGCAGCCGGUUCGCAUCGAGGCGGAUCCAGAGGUCCACGGCACAGUCUUCAAGUGCGACUUCAACGUCGACCGCCACAUCUACUGCUACGACCCCAAGGGCCCGAUUUUCGACCAGCCCAAAUGCUACCACGCACUGUCCUUCUGGACUUCAGGUGUGAGACACGACGGCUCGUGGGAUUCGAUCCUCCUCGUAGACCCCCCCGUAGGCCCCUACGUGACGUCUCUGAGCGACGGCCGCCGUCUCCGCGUAGACGACACGUCGACUGAACACGCCUACACGCGCAUGAGCAGCCUAGACCCCGACUUCAGCACCGUCACCAUUCUGCCCGGCGACGCCUCCUCCUGGUCGCGCACCUGGCAGCGCCCAGCCUACAUGUCCAUCCUCGACGACAUCCUCGCGCUGGCGCCGCGUACCCCCGCCCACGCCACAGGCCCCAAGUCAUGUACAGACGUAGCUCGCAAACUCGUCCUCUGCCAUUUCCUCGCCUUCCUGCGCCGCCGCAUCCUCAACAUGCUGCGUCUCCAGGCGAAUCCGCGCACCGCCGUGCCCCACGUCAAUCGCUGCGACUACCUGCGCGACUUUGACCAGGGCGUCCUGAGCCGCUGGCACCACCACGUCUUCGGCUUUGUCGUCAAUGUAAAAUACAACAUGGGCCUUGUAGCCGGCGAAGCCAAGGAGCACUUUGAAGUCUUGGGGUUAAACCGCACCACCACUAGCAGUACUCAUCCGCAUUCCACCGCAGCGGCAGCGGCAGGCGAAAUGCAAUUGGAAAUGCAAGUCCAGGCCUGGGAACGCGACGGCUGGCUCGCCGUCCAAGAACACUGCACCAAGAUCCUCACCAUGGCCGACGCCUUCCUGCAUUCCUACCUGCAAUUCUGCUCCAUGCAGGAGGCACAGGCUGCGAACCGGAAUGCGCUGAGUCUCGCGCGCAUUACAAAUCUGACCAUGGUGUUUGUGCCGCUCGGCACCAUCGCUGCGAUUUUCUCCAUGUCGGAUGCGUUUAUGCCGGGGGAAAGUAAGAGCUGGGUUUUUUGGGUUACCGCCGUCCCCGUGCUGGUGCUUACGUUUGCGGUUACCGUCGGGGUGCGUGGAGUGUUGGCGCGGUGGUGUGGGGGGCUUUGGGGGAGCAUGAAGAGGAAGGGGGUGGGGGUGGGGAGGGAGGCUGGGGCGGGUAUAGUGUAGGAUAUUGAUAUGUGUGUGUGUGUGUGUGUGUGUG